AUGGCCGAGAGCGAGGCAGACACGCCGAGCACGCCGAUUGAGUUUGAGAGCAAAUACUUCGAGUUUGAUGGAGUGCGGCUGCCGCCCUUCUGCAGAGGGAAGAUGGAGGAGAUCGCCAAUUUCUCCCUCCGAAGUAGCGACAUAUGGAUUGUCACCUACCCGAAGUCAGGCACCAGUCUACUUCAGGAGGUUGUGUAUUUAGUGAGCCAGGGAGCAGACCCAGAUGAAAUCGGCCUUAUGAACAUCGAUGAACAACUGCCUGUUUUAGAGUACCCUCAACCUGGCCUGGACAUCAUACAGGAGCUGACAUCACCUCGCCUGAUCAAAAGCCAUCUUCCCUACCGAUUCCUCCCAACAGCCAUGCACAACGGGGAGGCCAAGGUGAUCUACAUGGCUCGGAACCCCAAGGACCUGGUGGUGUCCUACUACCAGUUCCACCGCUCUCUCAGGACUAUGAGCUACCGGGGAACCUUCCAGGAGUUCUGCCGGCGCUUCAUGAAUGACAAGUUGGGAUAUGGUUCCUGGUUUGAACAUGUUCAGGAAUUUUGGGAGCAUCGUAUGGAUUCUAAUGUCCUCUUCUUGAAAUAUGAAGACAUGUACAAGGAUCUGGGGACUUUGGUGGAGCAGUUAGCCCGGUUCCUUGGCGUUUCCUGCGACAAGGCUCAGCUGGAGGGCAUGGUGGAGAGCUGCAACCAGUUGAUCGAGCAGUGCUGCAACUCGGAGGCGCUGUCCAUCUGCAGGGGUCGUGUGGGUCUAUGGAAGGACAUCUUCACAGUGUCUAUGAACGAAAAGUUUGACGCGGUGUACAGACAGAAGAUGGGCAAGUCUGACCUGACCUUCGAGUUCUGCCUGUGAAGAGCACCUCACCCUGGCCCCAUCCCCAUUCCCCAGCCCUCCCACCAAUCUACUUCAGUACUGUUGAUAGGUGCACACACCUCCUGCCAAAACCCAAGCUCCUACAUCUCCAUUCAAUGAAUAAGUCUGAAGUUUGGGAUUACACUACUUUCAGAAUGCAAUGUGUCUCAACGAGUCAAAGAUCAGACACUUGUGGGCUGAUCAAAAUGAAUCCAGAAUUAGAUGUUUACUGAAAUUUCUCAAUCAAUGGUUAAACCAAACCUCCCUCACCCCUACCUUCAUAGUAUGUUCCCACUGCUGAGUACAUGUGUGUACAUGUAUAACCAACCAGGGUUCGACUGAUGGAGGUUUUUGAAGAUACCAAUACAUUUGAGCAACCAAUACACAUAUAUUCAAAAUCUCAUUAUAUGGCUAAUUUCAAAACAGGGACUCAAGCUACAUACAGAUAUUUGCGACUGAAAUACACUGAAAAUAACAUGUUUAUAUGGCUGGACAGGGAAAAAACAGCCAGUUCAGCCCUUCAGCUUUUUCAUGUUAUGACAGUUUGUUGUUCUGGGCGAAGUUGCACUGUCCAUUGCGUUAUGCUAGAAAUGAACCUGUUAGCAGGAAGUGUUGUCUGACCACAUCCAAUGGCAAAAGUGAUUAUAUACUGUGUCCUAAAUGGCCACAUUCAAAAAAAUCUACAGAUGCGAUAAUUGUUCUAGUUUCUCAUAUCCAUGCACUCUGUGAAAUAGGCAUAAAGUCACGAAAAGCCACACUGGUUCCAACAUCAGAAAGGUGUUGGAUUGGGUGAGAGGGUUUCACAUGCUAUCUGGCGAUCCAACAAGCAUUUCUUUGGAAGCAUACUGGAAUCAUAAGGUUUCUUGAAUCAUUCUUGGUCUGAACCCUGGCUAGAGAUUACUUUGCCUCGGGGAACCCUAUCAGAAGCUACUGUCUCUGACAACUGAACUACAAGGGUUACAGAGACACACAGAUCCCUCCACCACAAUGUGCAGAUUCUCUGAGAGUUUCAUGGGAUACCCUUGCUCAAUCUUAGAAGUGGUGUGAGGACGUUGGACUUCUGUAAGCAGCUUCUUUUGUUGUACCUUUGCAAUGACAGGACCCAGGUGAGGUGGUUCAGAUAUUUGACAAUGAUGCCCCCUGGAUGACUCUUUGUGAAUGUAUUCGGGUGUAUCUAACUGGAAGGAGACCCUGGGUAGACCCAGAACAUCCUGAGGUUACAUAUCCCACUUGGUCUUUGGUAUCUCUCAAGAAGAACUGGAGGAAGUAGCUAGAGAGAGGUGCAUAUGAGGUAUUUUGGUUUGCUUCCUGGCUACAUGGCUACAUAGUAAUGGAUGUGCCUAAGGAAUGAUGGAAAUCUUGAGGGUUUUUGUGCUCUUUUGAACUGUACCCGUUGUGGCUACAAGUGGUUUGGCUACAGAGAGGAAGGGGCACAUAGGCCAUGUGGAAGAGAACUUUAGGCCUACUCAGGCCUCAAGGACCCUUAGCUGUUCAAAUUCACCCAAGACUGGAAGUUACCUGUGGGGAAGAGAUAUAAUAUCAUGUUUCAAAGAAAAGAGCAUUUUAUUUAAAGCAUUAUUAUUAUUAUUAUUGUUAUUGUUAUUAUUUUCUGUUUGCCAUGUGAGUGCGUUGGAUUUGGAAGUAAACAUAAAAUUCAUAUGGUGAAUGUGUUAGCAAACAGUUGCCUGUUUACAUGUGCAACACAUAUGGAAUAACGCUAAUCCAUGCUUCUGGUCACUUGAGAAACACAAGUCCAGUAUUUAUUCUCAUCUAAGGUAUGUUUUUAUCUCAACUAAAUUUGUGCUGCACUGUGUUCAGCAGCUAGUUGCUACCGUUGUUUGUCUGUGGUUUGUUGCUGGGUGAGUUGUGUGCAGCUACCUACCACUGCUGGAAA